AAAAUGGUGUUUUCUUAGUUCUUACUUCAGCUAUUAUCAGUAUUAUCAUGAGUUAACAUUUCAUACUAGCUUAUUAUUCACAGAUUAAAUUUGCAUUAAUCUUCACGAAUACCCUGGUUGUGUUCUGAUCUGUUAUAGUGUACAAUGAUAACUCAUAUUAUUUUAGGUUAUAAAAAUAUCCGGUUCUCUUUUUUGUUCGUGAGCUUUUGUAAUUAUUACCUAUAAUAUUAUUAUUGAAGUUGAAUAAAAAAAAAAAAAAACUACCUAUUUUUUCAAGUUUUAUUAUGCAUUUGGCUGACUUGUAGGCAUCUGAUAUUGUCAUUAUCGAGACGUUUUUCUUAACCCUGAGACAUUUUAUUGAUAGUUGAUUUAUUUUACUCUGAAUUACUACAUUUCCAAAACCCAAAAUGGACAGCAUUUUAGCUGCUAAGCAAAUUUUAGAAAAUUAUGACGCUCGUGUUCCCAAAGAAAACGACCGGGUGUAUAAAGACGAAUGUCUUUAUUCAUUCGACUCUCCAGACUAUGAGACUGGCCUAUUUAUUUGUUUAAAAACAUUUGCUGGUUUUGGUAUUGAUCAUGUUGAACGUUAUUAUAAAAAAACUGGAUGUUCAGUGUUUUUACACAUGCUUAGAGAAAAAAUAGAGGUUGAAACCAAAAUGACACAGGUAGGCGAUGCUCCAACUGAACGGAAAAUUACUAGAUUAGCGAUUGGAGUAGAUGGUGGAUUUGAUCCAGAUGCUGAAAAUAAAAAAUAUAAAACAAUAGAAAAAUAUUCUAUAGUUAUAUUACCAUCUUUUGAAUCAAUUCCAUUUGAAACUAGUGAAUUACCACAAAAAGUUAUUGAUUCUGUAAAAGGUAUUAUUGAAGCUAAAUCUGCUAAUUAUUUGGAUGAAUUACAAAGUAUGUCCAGUACUUGGGAUGGUGAAGUCCGGCAAAAGACUAUAUACGCUGAUAUAGAACAGUUAAAUAAUGGUAAAAAAAUCGCUCCCAGUGGAUGGAAGUGUGAAUAUGAAAAUUGUGAUAAAGAUAAUAACCUAUGGCUUAAUUUAACUGAUGGUUCAAUUUAUUGUGGUCGCAAAUUUUUUGAUGGAACUGGGGGAAAUGGCCAUGCUACUCUUCAUUAUGAAAAAACAAAAUAUCCUUUGGCUGUUAAGCUUGGUACUAUAACAAAAGAGGGUAAUGGAGAUGUAUAUAGUUAUCCAGAAGAUGAUAUGGUGGAAAAUCCAAAUUUAAUCAAGCAUCUUUCACAUUUUGGUAUCAAUAUUUCUGCUUUAGAAAAAACUGAAAAAUCAAUGGUAGAAUUAGAAUUAGAUUUAAACCAAAAGGUUAACGAAUGGGCAACAAUACAAGAAAGCGGAUUUGAGUUAAAACCAAUUUUUGGUCCUGGUUACACAGGUAUUCACAAUCUAGGAAAUUCUUGUUACAUGAAUAGUAUCUUACAAGUUUUGUUUUCUAUUCCGGAUUUUACAAAUAAGUACUAUUUAGGCCUAAGAGAUAUAUUUGAAAUGUGCCAAACUAGCCCCAUUGACAAUUUUGAUGUGCAAAUGGCAAAAGUAGCCCACGGCCUAGUUUCAGGAAAAUAUUCUAUGCCACCUCCUGAAGUCAUUGAAGGAAAAAAAAAAUAUUGGCAUCAUGGUAUUAGACCGAAUACUUUUAAAUUGUUGAUCGGCAAAGGACAUUCUGAGUUUGCUACAAAAAAACAACAAGAUGCACAAGAAUUUUUCUUGUAUUUCUUGUCAUUGAUAGAGCGCUAUUCUCAACAAUCCCAGAAUCCAGCAGAAUGUUUCAAAUUUAAUAUUGAAGACCGUUAUCAAUGUUCAACUACAGGACAAGUUAAAUACACUUAUAGACCAGAAUACUGUUUGCCGUUAUCUAUUUCACUUGACAAUGUGAUUAACAAGGAUGAAGUUGAAAUAUUUAAACAAAAACAAGCUGAAUGUGAUAUUAAAGACUCAAAUUACAUAGUUCGUCCAAAAUUAAAAUUUGCUUCUUGUUUAAAUUCGUUUGGCCAACCUGAAGUUAUUGAACAAUUCUUCAAUGCUGCAUUAAACCAAAGAACUACUGCAGAAAAGAUUACAAGAUUUGCUUCUUUUCCUGAUUACCUCAUGAUACAUCUAAAAAAAUUUACACUUCGUCAUGAUUGGGUUCCUAUUAAGCUAGAUGUAUCUGUUGAUAUGCCUGAAGAAAUAGAUAUUGAAUAUCUUAGAGGAAAUGGUCCACAAAAAGGUGAAAAUCUUUUACCGGAAACUUCAGAUGCUCUUCCAGAAUUUGUGUUUGAUGAGAAUAUUAUGUCUGAAUUAACUAAUAUGGGUUUUCCUCCAGAAGCAUGCAAGCGUGCAAUAUUUUUCUCAAAAAAUAAAAGUCUCAACGAUGCUACAAAUUGGCUUAUGGAACAUAUAUCAGAUUCUGAUUUUUCAAGUCCUUUUGAACUACCUAGAAUGGAAAAUAAUUUAGAAUUUUCACCAAAUGAAGAAGCAGCUGCUAUGAUAAUGUCAAUGGGUUUUGAACGAAAUCAUGUAAUUGCUGCUUUGAAAGCUACUGAAAAUAAUUUAGAUCGUGCACUUGACUGGAUAAUGAGUCACGGACCAGAAGAGAUACUCACAACAGAAAAAACAGAAGAAAGUAAUAAAUCUGAAUUCAGAGAUGGAAGAGGAAUUUAUAAAUUGUUUGCAUUUGUAUCUCACAUGGGCAGUUCUUCCACGGUUGGACAUUAUGUUUGUCAUAUAAAAAAAGAAGGACGUUGGGUAAUAUUCAAUGAUGAAAAAGUAGCAGUUUCUCAAAACCCUCCUACUGACUUAGGUUACUUAUAUGUUUAUAAAAGAUGGUCUAAUGAUCAGGUUUGAUGUUAUUUUAUUGUAAAAUAUCAUGAAGAAUAAUUUUAAUUUAUUUAUUUUUUUAUUUCUCCUAUAAA